ACAUCUUAUCUUCUUUGUUGCCUUAUUGAAGAUCUCGCAUGACCGACGUUUUCGUGAACGACGGCGAACGAUUUUCGCCAAUACGUUUUCGAAUUUUUUUAACGCCGUUCCAAACCGCUGUUUUUCCUUGAGUGAUAGUUGUGGAGGUGCUUUAUAGGAUGAUUAGUUGGGAAGGUUAGGCCUCUGGAUAAUUGGAGACUUUAAACUGGUGUUCAGGGCUGUUUCUUGUAGUGGAUUGAAUGUCCAGGCCAAUGAGGUAUUGUGCGAUAUUCUGGUGCCACUGAAACAAGCGGUUGGUGGAUUUUUGUGUAUUUGGAGCUCAGGAAAACCGUCCAGAUAGCGUAUGUAUUACUGAUAGCGUGAGAGCUAUUUUAUGAUGAUUAUCAGAUAUAAACUUCCUCAUUACAAUACUGGUAGAAAAUAAGGCAGCCAUGGAUUCAGGAAUAUUCAUCAAACGAAGGAGGAAUCCCAAGGAAAAUGCCAACACUCUUAGCCUUAUAACAUUUUUUUACAUAAACAAAAUCCUCAGCAUCGGGGAGAAGGAGGAUAUAGAAGAGGAUCAUUUGUUCUAUGUUCAUCGUAAACUCAGGUCGAAACAUUUGGGUAAUAAACUGGAGAGGAUUGCCGAACGUUUGAAGAAUAAAGAGAAGCAUUUGUCGACGAUGAAGCUACUCGUCUGGUUCUGUGCCAAAAAAUAUAUCUACCUCAGCAUAAUGCAGCUGAUUGUCAUGGCUGUUUAUGUGGUCGUCAGUCCGCUUCUGCUGGGCAAGUUUGUCCUCUUUUUCUCUCCGAAUCAGACCGAAGUCAACUGGAACGGCGCCUGUUUCUUCGGCGUCUCCUACGUGGCUCUCUCCAUUAUCCACUACGUUUACGAGCAAAACUACGCCAUGAUCAAAGAGGAGCUCAGGAUAGAGUUUCAGACCGCCCUAUGCUCUUUAGUCUAUAGGAAAUCCCUGAGACUGUCUCAAAAAGCCCUGUCUGACAUCACCAUCGGGAAGAUUGUGUCCUUGAUAUCGAAGGACAUCAACGUCUUCGGGUACAUCAUCAGCUUUGGAAGCGAUUGGUGCGUGGGGGUCAUACAGAUCAUGAUCAUAGUAUAUCUGUUUUAUGUGAGGACAGGUGCUGCCACUUUCGUCGGAUUUGCGAUGCUAUUCACCACUCUUCCGAUACAAGUAUAUAUUGCAAGGGUAAUAAAAGUUAAACGCACCUACAGCAACAAAAAAUCCGAUGAACGUUUACAACUCACACAAGAAAUACUGGCCUCAAUAAGGAUCAUCAAGAUGUACACUUGGGAGAAAUUUUUUUGCAAAAGGAUAACAGCAGCAAGAAGGGAGGAAAUGAAGAAGUUAAGGCAGGUCCUGAUCUUCAAGGACGUAUCCUUCCUACUCGGAAAAUUCGUAUCAGUCCUCUCCUUCUACAUGCUCAUAUCUUCCUACGUCUGGAUGGGCAACACCCUGUCGGCAGAACUAGUAUUCUACCUGUACUCCUCCUACGACCAUCUCGAAGAAACCAUAAUCCGAGUCUUACCAAUCUCAAUCAGCCAAGUGGGCGAGACCAUAGCCUCACUCGAGAGGUAUGACGCCUUCUUCAACGCCCAAGAAACCACCGGCAACGAAGCAACAUCCAUCAUCAAGAACCCCAAAACACCGAAGAUCAUCUUCUACAACGUUGACGUCGAGAUCCAAGGCAACCACGUUUUGAACAACAUCAAGUUGGAGAUGGAACCCGGAUUGAACGUCAUCGUGGGUCACGUGGGAAGCGGAAAGUCCAUAUUGUUAAAGACCAUACUGAAGGAGUACGAAGUUUCUAGAGGGUCACUGUUUGUGGAAGGCAAAACCAGCUACGCGUCUCAAUUCCCGUGGUUGUUUCCGUCCACGAUCAAGCAGAACAUUCUGUUCGGUGAGAAAUACGAGGAGGAGAAAUAUAACAGAAUUUUGGAUAUCUGCGCUUUGGACUUCGACUUGAAACUGUUGGAGUUUGGUGAUAAGACGAUCAUUGGAGAUUGUGGGAUUAAUCUGAGCAAAGGUCAACAAGCUAGGGUGAACUUGGCCAGAGCUCUUUAUAAAGAGAGUGAUAUUUAUUUGUUGGACGACUGUUUGUCUUCCCUGGACCCCAACGUUAGGCGACAUAUUUUCACCUCCCUGAAACUCUACCUCCAAGGAAGGAUCUGCGUCUUAGCAACGCACCAUAAGAGAUUCAUCGAAGAAGCUGACAACGUGAUCGUGAUGCAUGCUGGCACUGUAACCUACAGUGGUAAUUUACGCUCAAUUCCUCAAGAAGUCCUGAAGAUCAACAACAGAAGAUUAUCGAGCAACAGGAAUUCCACCUACAGUGUUAUAUGCAACGGCACUACGAGUGAUAAGGAUGAAGAAAGUGAGCUUCUGGAAAUUGAGGACCGAAGAAUCAACAUAUACCACGAAAACAAGAAUUCUGGUAAGGUUCCCAUCGAUGUUUACCAGAAAUAUAUACUAUUCGGUGGUGGAUACCUCUUCUACGGUGUCAUUGUUAUCUUGCUGAUCUCUGGAGGCAGUGCUAUGACUUAUGGAAAGGAGCUUCUUAGCCAAUGGGUUGAUAUGGACGAGCACCUGAAUGUCCUAUCAAAAAACAGUAGCAGGAGUACCGAGGAACUGGAUACUCUCACCAAUAAGAGAGCUGUGGCUUUCAACGUGUACACAACAAUCACCAUCGUUGGCUCAGCGUUCUGGUUGAUGUCCCUGGUUAUACAUUUCUAUUUUGCCAGUAAGAUUUCAAUGAGACUCCACAAGUCUAUGAUCGAAUCGGUCCUUGGUUCCACUAUGGAAUUCUUUGACACAAAUCUGAUUGGAAACAUACUCAACAGAUUCUCCAAGGAUGUUUACUACAUAGACGAGGAACUGGUGUAUUCAACGAAUGAUUUCAUAAUGAUUUUCGUUACAGUAGUAUCUACUGCAACUUUAAUCUCAUCCAUCAGCGACGUUUUUCUUGUAUCGUCCAUAGUGUUCAUCGUUCUCUUCGUUUUGCUCGGACAUGUUCUACUUCCUGUUGGUAGAAAUCUGAGGCGCCUAAAUAGUUCAACGAGGAGUCCGAUGGUGGGCCACCUGAAUGCGACCCUGGAAGGAAUUGCUACAGUGAGGGCUUGGAGAAACCAUCAAAUCUUGAAAGACGAGUUCGACAGCCAUCAGGAUCUCUUCACUUCGGCGCACCAUACAAUGUUCAUUUUUACGACAGGUUUUUCUCUGAUCCUCAAGAUGGUAUCAUCUAUUUUCAUGGCUAUCAUCGUGGGGAAUUUUCUUUUCGUUAAGCCAGAUGCUGCAGGAAAAGUGGGGCUCUCUCUUACCCAAGUUUCUGUAUUAACUUACUGCUUAGAAUCCUGCCUAACCCACUGGGUGCAACUUGAGAGUGAGAUGACGUGUUUCGAAAGAGCCCUAGAAUAUACCGACAUAAAGCAAGAACCCAAAAACGGCCAUCUGGUCGAAAAAUGGCCUUUCACCCCCACUAUAGAAUUCCGCAAAGUCUGCCUGUCGUACGGACAAAAAGGCAAGAAUGUACUUAAAGACGUCAGUUUUCGCAUUGAACGAAAAGAAAGAGCAGCCAUAGUAGGUAGAACAGGGGCUGGCAAGUCCUCAAUCAUCGUGGCAUUAUUCAGAAUGUAUCCCAUUGAGGGUAGCAUCUUCAUAGAUUCCAUGGAUACUCAAACCCUCCAGCUGGAGAAACUCAGAGAAAACUUAACCAUCAUUCCCCAGGAUCCGAUACUGUUCACAGGUUCCAUGAGAUCAAAUUUAGACCCAUACGAAAGGUACACGGACUCCGAGAUUUGGAAGGCAGUCAGGGAGGUUAAUCUGGACCAGCACGUCACCGAUUUGGAGUACGUGGUCAGGGAUUGCGGAGCUCAUUUGAGCAUCGGUCAGAGGCAGCUCAUCUGCAUCGCCAGGGCGUUGUUGGACAAGCACAAGAUCAUCAUAUUGGAUGAGGCUACGGCCAACAUGGACGAGGAAAUGGAGGCUUUGAUACACGAUACCAUCGAGAAACAUUUCCGGGAGUGUACAGUGAUAUCGAUUUCCCAUAGACUGAGACACGUGUUACAUUACGAUAAGGUGUUGGUGAUGGAGGAGGGGGAAUUGGUGGAAUUUGGAAGCCCGAAGGAGUUACUCAAAAAUCAGAACGGUGUUUUUUACAGUAUGGCGCAGAAAGCGCAUCUAGUGUAGUUCUUACGAUGGACCUGAAUAAAUUAUUUUCUCGUAGUA